GUUUCGGAAACAUUUCGGGCUAAUAUGUGAGUGAUCAUCUCGGUCGAAAGUUGUUUCUCGCUGCCCGACAAAUGGAUCAACCACAGCAGGAGCUGGAGCAGAUCGCCACAUGGUUUAGUGAGGAGGGACUUGAACCUGACGCCCCUAAAGAGGCUCAGCUGUGUUUGUUAUGGCGAACCCACCAGCACACGAGAAGCCAACUAAGCAGUGUGAUAAGGGACAUGGACACCCAGCGGUCACAACACUUAGCAGAGAUGGCAGAGGUACGUAGGUCUUUGGAGCAGAUCCGUAUCUUUACAGAGCACAAAAAUGUUUUGGCUCAGGAGAUACAAGACGAGAAUGAUCAGCUCAAGGAUCAGCUACGCCGCCUCAUAUCCCUUCAAGACGCCCAGAUAAGCGAGGUGGCUAAAAUGCUGUACCAGCAGGGUCUCACAGAGCUGAUUCACAGCAGCCCCAGUGAGCAGGUGGCUUACCUCCUGGUGGAGAGGGCCUCCCUUCUUGAGUCAAGGGAAGAGCCCGACAAUCUGACACGUGAUGGACAAACAGCCAGCCCACAGGGGAAAGACGCCCAAGGACCAGACAUCAAUGUACACCAGUCUCCCCAUAAGGGGGCACCGCGUCAUGGCCAGAGCCCAUGGAAGAGACUCUUUGGACUCCACAAAGCUUCACAGAGCAAACAUACUUUUAUUCCUGCUGAGGCCAGACAUUUGGCAGUCCAGGCAAGCAGUGUAGAGAAGGAGUGUUCCCGUCUGGAGCGGGACCUGGAGGAGGGCUCCCGCCGGUUGGCCAUGGCCCACAACGAGAUCCGGCGUUUGACUGAUGAGCUAGAGUCUGCUCAUUUAACCCAAAAAGCUUAUGAGCCUGAGCUGCAGGGAGCACAGCAGGAAGUAGAGCAGCUCAGACAAGAAGUCGAAAAACUGAAGAAAUAUGAAAUGGUGGAACUGCGAAAGGCCAAAGAGCUGAAUGAUCGUCUGGACCUCGAGAUCAGAGCUCUGAGGAACAGGGUACGCUCCCUGGAUGCUGAGAAAAACUCUCUGCAACAGACGGUGGCGUCUCUGCAGGAGGAGGUGGACAGCCUGGAAUCAGCCCUGCAGGAGCAGCAGCAGCUCCUGACUGUGCAGGGUCAGAGUGACCAGACCUCAGAGCUGAAUAAAUCUCAAGCGGCAGAGCUGGCACAGAGCAACCAGACCUGCAGAAAGUUAAAGGAGAAACUCACUGCUCAGACAAGAUGCCUUUUGGAAAAGGAGGAAACUGUUGUAUUUCUACAGAAGGAGGUGGAUCGGCUUGAGUCAGCCCUGCAGGAACAGCAACAGCAGCUUCUCGCUGUGCAGGUUCAGGCCGAGCAAGCUAAUGAGUUAGCUAAAUCCCAGGAAACUGAACUGAAUCAAAGCAAUGAGAUGUGCAGAAAUUUACAAAAUAAGCUCAGCGCUCAGACAAGAAGCCUUUUAGAAAGUGAGUCAGAGAUACAUUCCCUUAAGCAGCAGCUGGACAAUUCCCAUAAAGACUUUGAUGACCUUAUAGCUACCAUCUGCACGAAAGAAAACAAUUUCCAAGAUCAAAAGCUGUGGAAGCAAAAAGACUCACAGCAUUGUGAAAACAGUCACAGGCAGCUGGAGGCCUCUUUGGCAACAGAGAACAAAGAGAUACAGACACAGCUGUACAAUGAGAACACACUGCCUAAGGAGUGUCCUGAUUAUCAAGAAACUGUGAAGGCUCUGUUGGCCACCCAAGAUGAGUGUGAGACACUAAAGAAGGAGAUCUGUGAAACCCUAAUAUGCCUUGACAAAGAGCGGAGUAAAUACCAUGAGAUGAAGGAAAAACACAAAGUAAAACUAUGUCGAGCCAAGCAGAAAUUUGAUGAUGAAGCCACACGGUGUGAUGAGAAGAUAAAAAAUCUGGAGCGGGAACUGUCAUUGUGUUCCCAUUCAUUAGCACAGGAGAAAGAGCUCAUCAGAAGUAUAACUGCGGAAAAUGAGAAACUUCUUGUUGAGAGGAGGAGGUUACUGCAACAGCUAAAUGAGGAGGAGCACAACAAGAAAGACAGUAAUCUAACAGCUUCUUUGUCCAAAUGCAGGGUGGAUUUCCUGGAGAUGGAAAACAAGAAACUGGGAAACAAAAUACUCCACAUGUCCAAUCAGCUAGCUGCCCUGGAACGAACCCUGCAGAACACGCAGUCAUUACACUUCACUGAGGAGCUGAAAAAAAAAUCUAAUCCUCAGCAGAUUUUUACAUCUCUCCCUGUGCAAACUUCAAGUGUGAUGAUGCCUGAGCCGUCCGAAAUUCUGGGCUUAUUGGACAAUUGUCAGAGCACUUCUUCCCCUCAUCAUUUCAUCUCUGCAGCCCUGUCCCGAUCAGCAGAGAUGGGCUAUCUGAACCUGACCUCAGGCCAGAGCCGCUCAGACUACUCGACUGCCCUGGGCGCCCUCAGCACCUCAGAAAAAUUAGGUGGAACUGGUGGUAGUUAAUCAUGCCACAGUCAAAGAAACGCAAGAGAGACAAUGGUGGUGGGUCAGAAGAACUGCGGAAGCGUUCUCCUGUAACUUGUAUUUUACAUGUAACUGGCAUUGAGCACCGAGAUUUCACACCACUAUGUCAAGUUAAGGGGUCUGCCACUGACAAGCUGGCUCAGCUACACAGCAAUCAUGACAUCUCGUUCCUGAUUCACCUUAUCGCAUGUCUGUAAUCACAUUCCAGAGAGUAUUGCUGGUGCAGAUUUAGAAACAGCUGGCUAUCAUAGAAGCUGCUACCAAAACUUUAAUAAAAAACAGAAAUGCUUGAAGUGUAGUGUGACAUCUAACGCUCCCCUCGUAAACCGCCAUCAUCCUAUGCCACGCAGUUGUUCCCUCCAGACUGUAUCUUUUGUGGAAGGCUCAUCAAGUUCUCUGUAUUUAAGGACAAGGAUGGAGCACUGAAGGAGCCUAAAUGGAAACAGAUUGAGCCUUGAACCCUAGAACUUGGGCUACACCGUCUACAUCUCAUGGUGCAAGGCGAGGAACUGUUUGGGAGAGAGGCUAAUUUCCAUCAGUCCUGUCGCAAAUCAUUCAACCUGAAGUAUGCCAAUCGUCUCCGAGAUACAGCCCGAGCUACCAACCAUGUCACUGAUACAGAGGAGAAUCAUGAGGCUGCUGCACAUCUGAGGGAAUUCAAUGCUGUGCUUGAUUUCAUUCGAGAUCUAGGGAUUCAGCAUAACAAGGUUGUGUAGCUUGCAUCGUUGCGUCUUCUCUACACCUGAGAGUUGGAGAGCUUCCCCAAUCCUGAGUACAGAAGUGAGAAGCCAAAGGCCAAACUUGAGAGCCAUGAUAUUCGUGAGUGGAUCACCUUUGCCAGGGUCAAUCCAGGUGAUAAAAGUUGUAUCACCUAUAACCUGGUAUACAGUGCCAGCAUGUCUGUCACAGACACGGUUACCUAUGCAUAUAAACUGGGGUCCAAAGACAAGUAUGAGGAUGCAGCCCUGCUCCUUUGUGGUAUAAUCCAGCAGACAUUAAAUGAGUCAAAGUCACUUCCUUGGCUUCCUACAGCUGAUGAUCUUGAGGUCAAGUCAUCAGAUGAACUCCUACCGCUUGAUCUCAUGAAGUUCCUGAACCUCAUCAUCUCUGGUAAUGCAGACAUGGAGAAGUGUGAGUGCCUUCAAGGGCAAAGGCAAAGUCGGACCCCUGAAGAAGCUACAGAGCCAUCCCAAGUACCACGCAGCCUUCAGAAAACUUGGUGAUGACUGGUCAGUAGAGCCAGAGGUGAGGGAUGAUAUUGAGGCAUUCAUGUGUCUGAUGUAUGGCCAAGCCCGGGUUAAGUCUGUUGAUGCUGUAUGUAGCAUCGUGCUGAAGAAGGCGGUGGGGGAGGAUGAGCAACUGACAACCAAAUCUAAGGUGGACCUCUCCCGGCACCUGAGACAGAGACAACCCACCUGAACCACCACCUUCCUAUCUACAAGCAAGCUGACAAAUCAGUCUUCUGGUGCCCCAAGCCCUAUGAUCCUGGACAAGGCUUGAAGAAGACAGACUGAAGAGGGUAUCUUGGAACCAGUGUGGUCUUGUGGUCUUGCUCUGGCUUUUUCAUUGUCACUUUACAUUUUCAGAUUAUCAUUUUACAUUUUAAAUUUGCUUUUUCAAUUUCCUUUUCUUUUUAAGAAUAGUUAUGGCUUGAUCAUUAUUAGCAGUGCAAUAAAUUAAUAAUAUUUUUAAUUUUAUCUCUUUAAAUUUUCUAUUUGGACUUUUCAUUUUAAAUAUGACCUAAAACAUCCGCCAUAAAAUGGUUUCCUAAUGCGCAAAAACAAUAGAUCUGCAAUCCAAAAUCACAUUUCCCUACUCUGUAUCCUACAUAAUCCAUCAGAAUAUGGAUAAUUUCAUAACAGCAUUACUUACUUGUCUUCUCGGCCUCAGAGUAGCAGGACUCGGGCGCAGAGUUGUCUUCAUUUUCCUCAACAUCUUCAUUUUGAGGGAUAAUCUCCAAAGCCUCAGCUGUAGUAGAUUUCUUCUUGGUCAUAUCUUUGUAUCUUUUUCUGUCACUAUAAUAAACUCAGUCCAACUUC